AAACGGAGCUGUGCAGAGAAGCAGACCUACAACAUCCGGGCAAUAGUCAGCUUGCGCAGAAACGGAAUGGCGGAGGUUGGUGAGAGGCCCCUGAAGAUAAGCGUGGAGGUUGUGGCCUAGAGGAGACUGGAUGAGGAACAGAGAUGGAGGCCAUCGGCAGGAGAAGCAGAAGUUUCAACAGGCCUUAGAGGAGUUGGAGGCAGACUUUCCCCCCCAUGAAGAUGGCAACGCAGUCCCACUCUGUUCGCUCAAGUUCAGCUGUGUCUGCAAACAUAAAAGCCAGUGAGCUUCCUUUAGAGGAGUUGCUGGCUCUGUACGGCUACACAGUUUCAGAUCCAGAGAAGAAGACCUGUCCCAUGGCUGCCAGCCUGCCAGACAUGACACUGGACAAGGAUCAGAUAACUGAGGAUCUCUUUGCCGGGGAGGAGGAAGAAGAAUCAUCAGCCGAUGAUCUCACCCCCUCGGUCACCUCAAACGCCUCAGAUCUGCUCUGCCGCCUCCAAGGUGGAGACAAAGACAAAUUAGUCAGCUCAUCAGAUGAAGACUCUGACGAUGCCUCUAUUCCCUCUAAUGAAGAGCACAAGGAGAUCAUGGUGGGCUCUAUGUACCAAGCAAAAAUCCCUCCACUUUGUCCAUAUGCUUACCAGGACAGAGCCUACAGCAGUGAGGACCAGUUGCUGUGGAGGCCAGAUGUUCUACCCAUGCAGGAAGUGGAGGAGUUCUUGUUGUAUGCACAGAGAUCGCGUGGCCAGGAGGGGGCAGCAUGCUUACGAACACAAGGAGACACUGUCCAAGACAAUGAACAGGCCCUGUAUGAACUAGUGAAAUGCAACUUUAAUGCAGAAGAAGCACUUAGACGGUUGAACUUCAAUGUGAAAGUGUUAAGUGAAGAGCUUUGUGCCUGGAGCGAGGAGGAGUGUAGGAGCUUUGAGCAGGGUUAUCGAGUUUACGGGAAAAACUUCCAUCUCAUUCAGGCCAAUAAGGUACGAACACGCUCUGUUGGGGAGUGUGUGGAGUAUUACUACAUGUGGAAGAAGUCGGAUCGUCACGAGUACUUUACCCAACAGGCCACCAGGCUCAGCCGCAGGAGGUACAACCUGCAAUCAGGGAGCAUGGAGGAUGGAGAGCAGGACGGGGAGGUUGGGGAGCUUGAGGGCAGCAACAAUUCUGCUGGCUUGUUGUCUCACAGCUCUGCCAGGCAGCUUGAGUCCCCAUUACCGCCUCAGUCGAACCUGGACAUGGACAAACAAGGAGGAGGGCCGUCCCCGGCGAAGACGGACUCCCCGCUUUCUAUUAAAGCCAUGAACUCGGUCCAGACAGGCCACAGAAAGCAGGCUGGGCCUGCAGGUAAAGAAGAUGGUGAGCUGAUGAUGGGGCUGUCAGACCUGUGUGGAGACGAAUGUCCACAGCAGCUGUUGGCCUGUCCCUUCUCUCUCCCGCCCAUGGAUCCCCUGCGGCACCCUGGCUCAGGCACUUGUUGUCCCUCAGCUCCAAAUCAGCUUCUGUCCCAGCCCUCCCCUCAGAACUCCCCGUGGUCCUGCGGGAGUCCUCUGUCCUGCCACGCUGACCCUCACCUCCAGGGCUCAUGUUUCUACCAGCUUCACAUGCGGGGUGGACCUUUUGUUUCUGAUGGUCUUGACUGUGGUGAAGAAGGAGGUGUGAAUGUCUCCCCAUUUGGGAUGCAGCUGGAAUUUGGCCUGCCGUCUGUCUCCCAUCCCUCACCUGCUGUCCUCCCAUCACACUUCCAGGCAUUUGGCAGCCUGUUGCACCCUUCUCCUGUCCAGCAUCCCCGCUCUCUCACACAGUGACUGCUCAUGGGAAAAUGUAAUCUGUGGGGUGCCUUGUAUCGGGAUUUUGAAAAGUCAAGGACAUGAAGUGCAUUUACCUAACUUUGUGAAAAAGGAUGGACCUAGAACCUGUGUUGAGGGAUUACAUGUUUGUCUGAACCCCUUCUUUUAAACUGAGACACUUGAACCUCCUCUCCGUUGUUAAAUAAAAUGUUGAAUCUUUGCCAAAACAGUGCAAUUAACCAGCAGUAAUUUAUACAUUUCUGUGAAUUCUAGGUGAGUGCAGGUGGUAAAAGCUGCAGUGACCAUUCAAACAAUCCAGAAGCAUCAUGGUUAUGAUCAAGGACUGAUGAUGUUCACCACUGUUUCUUUUUUUUCUUUUUUUUUUUUUAUCUUAAUGUAAAUGUUAAACUGCUGUUUUGUUUCUUCAAAAUCCUUCCAGCAAGAGCCAGUGAUCAUUUUCUUUAUGUUUGUUCUUGUCAUUGCUCAGAUGUUUUCCCUCUGCAGCUCUUUGAGGUCACCCCAUGGAGAGUAAAAUGGGGACUUGUUUGAAUACACAGUGUAAAGAAAAGGAUUGGUUUUAAACAAUAGAAUUGUUUAUUAUGAUUAAAUGACCGCUAUACAGUCUGGUUAUUUCCCUUUCAGACCUUCAUGUUUUAUUCACUUCAAUUUUUUUUUUACUCCACCUGUUUGGCAUUUUUUUUUUUUCACCAUUUUUUUGAUAAAUGAAGAGCAGAAAUGUAAAUCCUCAUCUAUGUCUAAGAUUUGAACAUUGUUGUUUUAACUUUUGCUUCUUGUUUGCUUCUUAUUUGAUGAUUAACAGGUACAGGCACAACACUUAGUAAACAUAUUUCAUCACUGUAACUAUAAUUUAAUGAUUUAUUAACGAUAAGAGCCCACACAUACAGCAACUGUGAUAAUCUCUAAAUCCAUUAAAUGAUUAGUCAGUCUUUCCGCUAUGAACAGGUGACUUACAAACAGAUCAGAUAGAAAAACUAUGAUUUACAUUUAAGGGAUUAGGACACAGCUAAUUGUUGAAUAAAAUCAUGUGUAAGAUCAUCUUAUUGAAUUUGGCAUUACAUUGAUGGGGUUUAUAUUGUCAGAGCUUUAGAAUUCGACAAACCCACAUUUCAACAUGGAAUAAACAAAUAUAUCCUUUUCUACUCGAAUGUCUCCUUAACUAUGCCGAUUCAACACUUAUACGGAACAAUGUCACAUAUUUAUUGGUAUGCAAUACAUUUCUAAUAGAGUUGAUUGUUCAAAUAUAAAGAACUGCAUUGUGAAGGCCCAGGUUUCUUUCAAUCAAUUUCCGCUUUCAGACUGUCAUGAAGUUUUUUUUUAGAAUAACAAAUUUUGUGUAUCAAGUCGUAAAAACAUAUGUAUUUUCUUAUGCAUGUCGGUUAUGUGUAAGUCACAGGAAUAGUUUCAAGGAAGGAAAAGAUGUAGCCUCACCUUCCCUUCAUCUGUGUUACCAAUAUUUCUUGUUUCUGUCUGUAAAUGUGGAGCUCUUUCUGUGAUUCCUGUUCAAAGCAAAGCCGGGUGCAGUUCAAUGUUCGUUUUGUCUUGGAUUGUUUACAUGGGAGGGGUUCAGAACAAGACCAUGAAGGCAGGAAACAGCACUGAAUCACUGCCAACUCUUUAUGUUUCCUUUUCCUUUAGCAAUUUAUGUAUUAUACAGCUUCUGUUAUGUUUGUUUAUAAUUAUUAUAUUUUGUAAAAAAUAAAUAAAAUGAUUAUGUUUAAAAAGUAAAA